UGUAGUGCAGAAAUAGUGAAUGCAGAUCAAUUUCUACGUCAAGAAAUUUUCAUUCAUUGAUCUCAGAGAAAAUAAAUCACAGAGAGGAAUUCCACGAAGAGACUUUUAAGGAGAAUGCAGCAAUAAUUCCUCGAUAGUGACUGUCUGGCGUGUGAAAUGUUUAAUUUGGUGUAUAUUGUGCGAAUUAAUUAAAUAUAAUCAGUGAAUCACCUGUUCGGAUCACCUGUUUUACCUUAAACAGCCAAACAGGUGCUCUAAAAGCGUCACUAUUCUUUAAAAUGUUUUAUCAACACCUCAAAAAUAAUAACAAGUGACAUUAUUUGCAUUGUUCCAUUGCCAUCUUCUCCCACAUUUUCUUAACCACCGUGUGUCGUGAGAUUUUAUCAAUAAUUUUCAUAAUUCUUCCACCCAGAGUGUCUUCUUAAAAGAUAAGAAAAAAUGUAAUUAAGAUUUUUCCGUUAAGUGAAGUUGAAACAUUCAAAGUUCUAACGCCGAGAAUUAGACAAGACAGCCAAAGAGUUUUGCAAUUUUAAAUAAAUCGCAAGAAACUUAGAAGAAAAGAAAAAUGGAUAGCUCCCUAAAUGAAGGAAUUUUCACCAAAAACACUGGAAAUGUUGCAAAGCCAAAGAAGUGGAGGAUCUACAAGAAGCCAAAGAUUAAGAAGACCUUCAUCAGUCGGGGACAACAGUAUGAGCCACUGGAAGCUGAAACUCCACCAGUUCGAAGAUCUUCAACAUCACUUAUCGAGGGUUCUGGAUGUGCGGCAAAAAUUGCGGGCUCACUUGAGAAUUUGCAAUCAAAUAAAUCAAAUUCAUGCGAAUCUAUUUUUGCGGAUCAUUCCAUGGGGGAAAGCAAUAAAAUCCACACCCACGUCGAUGGUGGUGGUCAGUGUGGGGCCAUCGUGCGGGACAAACCGCCGUUCCAGAGGCGAAAGGUCGUGCAUCUGCGGCGGUACAGAGAGAGUGCAAUUGAUGUGCCAGAGGACUUUGAAGAGGCUGCCUAUGCCAAGAGGGUAUCACUGCCAACGCCAAACAGGAGAAAUCGAUUGAAUCGACAGUGCAAGUCACAAGAAGAUUGGCCAAAAAUAGAUGAGGAAUCAACAGAGUGUGAGAUACACCAGAUUCCCCGUGAAGUUCGAGAGUCUUCCUCGCAUCCAUUUCAGGGCAGUUUCAAUGCUCAACUCAAUCGCUUAGGGUCUUCAGUGGAGAAUCUCUGUGCCAUGGGGAAUGUUAAGGCGAAGCAAGUGCUGGGACGUCGGGAUACCGUUGCACCAGCUACAAGUGUCCCAGAGUUGAGGGAAGCACCACCUGAGGAAGCAAAUUUUAUUCGUGUUAAAUCCCGCGAUGAACGGGAGAUUCUUCCGCUGCGUGAUGAUGAGAAAAGUGCCACAGCUCUGAGGAAUAAUAUUCAGAGGAACUCCAUCUCAUCGGAACUCUACUCCAGCACCGAACAUAGUAGCACAAUUGAUCUCAAUUCCAUCCUCCAUCGCAACAGUGAGUUCUUCAUCACAAAGAGCAGCAGCUCCAAGAACUUCCUGUACUCCAGUGUGGAUAAAUUGGAUCGAAUUGAGAGGAUCAACGAUACCUUGGCAACGGCUAAUGUUGAGAAACUCAACUUCAAUAAGAACACUUUCUUCCUCAAAAAAUUAAACAACACAGCUGUGGCUCCUGUUGAGGACUCCUCAGGUACCAAGACAUUCAACAAGGUCAAUCUGCGUCCCUUGAGGGAGAGUGGACAGAAUUGGGAUACCCUCAAAUCACGAUUUAGUGGAAGUUUUCAAAAUCUCUUUCGCCUAAAUGACUUAAAAGUGCGCAAGAGGUCCUCCAGUGAAGUGAAUUUAUCCUCAAAGCCCGUAAACAGGGAUCCAUCGUUGAGAUUCACAUUCUGCCCAUCGAUGCCAUUUGCAAAUAUUGGGAAGAAGCAAGAAAAUCCAUCUUCAUCAAAGGGAACCAUCCCAAGACCGUGGAAAAAAUAUCUCACUCUUGGGCUACUCAGGAAGAAAACUGGAGGAUCAAUAAUUCAAGACUUGGAUGGGGGUUUCUUUGAGAAAUUCGGCUCUCUUCUCCGCCAAAAAUCCAUCCAUGAUGAAGAGAAGAUGGUCACACCGCUUGCCCCACUGCCGGAGGUGGCAGAGGAGGCAGUGGCCUUGGAGGCGAGAUUCCUUGGGGAAGAGGGUGAGAAUGACAGCGGCAAUGAGACGCUCCAUGACACAGACAGUGAACCAGAAGAUGCCGAAGUGAAAUCUCUGGAAUUUGUUGAGGAUGCCGUGGGGUGGAAUUUGGAAGAGCUGUACGAGGAAAUUCUCUAUGAGACCCUCCACAAUAUUGGAGCAGAAAUUGAAACUAGUCAAACAUCGCUCUUUUCUUACAUUCAAGAUGCCUUCAAGAUUUCAGAAGCACGUCAUGAAGAACUUCUGGAAGCUGCCAAGACGAAAGAAGCUCCGGAAAUACGUUUGAAUGUUGAAGUGAUUGAAGCCAAAGAUUUAGUUCCCAAAGAUCCCAAUGGGCUGUCGGAUCCGUUCGUCACAAUGUAUCUCGCUACGGUGCCCACACAUCGCUACAAUACUUCCGUUAAGGCUGAAACGCUGAAUCCUCGUUGGGAGGAGCAUUUUUCAUUGCCAAUCACAGAUGAUGCCAAUGAGAAUAUUCUCGUUGUGGAGGUGUGGGAUUUCGAUCCAGCUGAGACUGUGCGCGAGAAGAUGAAUAAAAUCUUCGACGUGAAGGGUGUUCGUGGGCUGAGGAAGCUCAUGAAGGAAAUUGCUGUGACUGCAUCCAAUGGGAAGCACGACAACGAACUCAUUGGCAAAGCAAACAUCCCCCUGAAGAGUAUUCCAGCAUCAGGGCUAGUGCUGUGGUACAAUCUGGACAAGAAGAAUCGCCUGAAGAGUCGGGGACUCAUUAAAAUCCGACUGAGCUUCAGUUCUGAGAAGAACAACAGAGUUGCUGCGCAGGAGCACAGGCAUCUGUUGCGAAUCCUCCUCUUGCACGAGUUGGAAACAUCCAAAGUCGCCCCGUACUGGUGGUCAGGGAAGUUUACGGAUAAAGGUGAAUCAGUCCUGACACAGCACACAGCCCAGAGUGGACUUAGCCUCAUGGAUGUUUCCCUCGUUGAGUGGUCUGUCUAUGCGGGAAUCCACGUUGAGCACCCCCUGGCAUUUAGUCUAUUCGACAAACUCCUAGACCGUGUCAUUCGCCCCAUUCAGAGUGAAGCCAUUUCCGUGGAGGAGGUUAAACUCUUCUGGGAUGCCACAAAGAAACUCCUACCCUCGUGCUUUGCCAUCAUCCGGAAGUUACGAAAGAAAACAGCCGGAGACAAGAACUGCGUGAAGACUUUGAUGGAAGUACUCAACAUUCUGUCCAAGAUUGCAAUGCUGGAACCUCCGGAGGGGACAGACCUCUUCCCGGUGCAGCAGUACGGGUGGAUGAAGAAUAACACCGACAAGGCAAAUUGGGAUAUUCGAGGAGCUCUGAAGGAUGCUGUGAUGGCUGGAGCUGAUGACUGGUUCAACACAAUCAACGACGAUGCUGAAUGCCAACGAGGAACGGAUGAGGCGAAACUUCAGCACAUUAUUAAACUCAUCCAACUCAUCCGAUCGGAUUUACAGAGAGCCAUUGAGUACUACGACAAAGUCUUCCAAGAGACAAUGAAAUUCCACUACGCCAGAACCCUCUAUAGCUUCUACGAGAGCAAACUGGCGGAGUACGUGGAGCCAAUUGUGGAGGAAAUCUCAAAGAAUCUCAAGAGGAUUGACAUCCCAUCGGAUGAGACAGUUAAAUUGGAAACUCAUCAGGAGAUCAAUAUGGGGACGACUCUCUUUGAACUCUACUUGGUGUUGAAGAGAUUUGCAGUGCUGGGAACUGCCCUCGAUCCCGGUGAGACGAGCUACAAAAUUGCAAACUACCACAAUUGGUUUACAGCCGGCGUUACCCACUGGCUGGACAUUUCAGUCCUCAAAGCCCUCACGAGGAUUGAGAAGGCAAUUGAGCUGGAUCAGCUUGUCCCUGUAGAUGAUAGUGUCAAGUACAGCUCAUCCGCCGUGGACACAUUGGCUAUUUUCUAUCAAAUCAAAAUUUUCUGGCAGCAGCUCGCAUGGCCGGAUGUUGAGGGUGCCUACAUGUUUGUGGGGAAGAUUGUGGAUGACAUUUGCCGAUGCUGUGUCUUCUAUGCGGACAAGAUGAGUGAACGCGUUGAGGGUCUCGGAGAUUUCCAGAAUGUCUAUGAGAAGAAAUUCGAAGUGACGCGAGAAUGGUGCCUGGCCAUCAACAAUAUCGACUACAUCCGUCAGAGUCUCCCACCGUUCGUCAAGGAGCUGGGUGUGGAUGAGAUUGUAGCCCAAUUGGGUGACUGCCGCAGCCCCAUGGAGGCACAACGGUGCGCCGAGACGCUGAAGAAUGUCAUUGACAAUGCUGUGGACACGGAGAAGAAUAAAAUUCUCGAACUUGUGGAGACUGUUGCGAGAAAAAUGUCCCCCAUGAUGAGGCGUUUCCUCGCCGAAGGAGCUGAGCUUCUCCAUCAGGAUUCCAAUUCUCUCGACAGGCUCAUGAUGUACCUCGAGGAGUCCCUGAAGACACUCAACAUGGAGCUGAAUGAUGUGAAUUUCGAUCGGAUUCUCGAUGCCAUCUGGACGGAGCUCUCGAAUGUUCUCUACGAUCUCAUUCAGAGCAAUCUCGAUAAGCGACGCCCACCUUCGUUCUUCUCCAACUUGAGGGAUGCCCUGCAGAUGAUGAUUCAGAACUUCAAGUGCACCAAAAAGUGCGAAACAUCCGAUCGGGAUGUGUUGAAUAACAUUGAGCAGCUAUUGGAGCUGCAUGGCUUUGAGACGGCAGAUCUCAUUCAUCAGUAUUACCUGGACCGACUGAAGGAGCAGCAAGUGAUCAGGGAGACACCCUAUGGACAACUAACAGUCCGCUGCAUGUUUAAGAAUCUCGUCCUCGAGAUUGAAGUGAUGAACGCCCGGAAUUUACGCCCAAUGGAUACGAAUGGGUCAUGUGAUCCCUUCGUACGCAUUCACUUCCUCCCAGAGGAGAAAUUUGCCGGCAUUGUGAAACCACGAACGAAUUCUCAGAGUAAAACACUCUUCCCGCUUUUUGAUGAGAAAUUCGUCAUAUCACUGUCUCCUGAGCAGAAGGCAAUGAAGAAUGCAAUUAUAAUGUUCAGUGUGAAGGAUAAGGAUCUCUUUGGGAUGUCCAAUCAGUACAUUGCGGAGAGCUACCUUAGUUUUGGGGAGAUUGAGGAGGCUGGAAAUGUGGGUGGUGUACCUGAACAACUUCAUCUUCCACUUUCGCGACCCUUUAAUUUAGACACAGACUGCAUUCGUGCCUUGGAGUAUCGAAUUGGGGACAAGCAAGCAAAAGAAUUCCUCAAGAAACUCAAGCAGAAGAUCAACAAUCAAGCCUAGAAAUUAGCUAUGGGGGCCCUAAAAGGGGGUAAAAACUUCAUUUUCUCCAUUAAUUCUUCAUCAUUUUUUGCCACCCUCUGCGCAACUCGCCGCCAGUGAUUUGUAAAACUCAAAGAGAAUGUUUCAUUUUCUAAUUUAAGAUUUCUCAGAAAUUUAUUUUAUAAAAUAUUCAAAGAAUUUACAAAAAAAUAGAAAUACUAGAUGCUAAAAUAAAUAUAACUUAAAACCUA